AUGACGGAUAAGGGAAAUGACGAAGCGGUGCCUAGAGUCACCGAGCAAAUGAGAGAAGUGAUUGCUGAAGAGGUAGGAAAAGCAAUCGAGAACAGUUUGUCGGGUUUCAUCGAUAAAAUCCAAAACACGGUGUUAUCAGUGGUGGAUGAAAGAAUAAAGAAAUUGGAGGAUAAUGCCAAUUUAGCUAAGGAGAAAUUGGGAGAGCGUAAGGGUUGCUCGUACAAGGAAUUUAUGGCAUGUAAACCGCCACUCUAUCACGGAGAAGUGGAUCCGAUAGUGUGCCAAAGAUGGUUGAGUGAUAUUGAAGGGGUGUUCGAGAGAACCCACUGUGAUACAAGUGACUUCGUAGCUUAUGGAACGGGUCAACUGAGGGGCCAAGCAAAAGACCGGUGGGAUAAUAAGAAAAAGGAGAUUGGUAAUGAAGAGGCGAAGGCGAUGACAUGGGACGAGUUUAAGGUACCAUUCCUUAAACAUCACAGUCCCAAAGCAGUUAUCAAUCGGAUCAAAGAAGAGUUUAUCCAGCUUAGACAGAAGGGCGAAUCUAUUGACAAGAUCACGGGAAUCUUUCUCGACAAACUAAGGUUUUGUGAAGAAUUGGUGACAACCGAAGAACAAAAGGUGUAUUACUAUUAUAAUAUGCUAAGCGCGGAGUAUCGGGAGUUCAUGACUCCCUCAAAAUACGAAACCCUCACCGAAAUCAUCAACGCCGCUCGAGAAAGAGAAAUAGAGUUGAAGAAACAAAUUGAAAGGGGUGAAAGAAGGGCACAAGAGGUUAAUCCAAGCCCUACGAAAAAGGCACGCGUGACAGAUUCAUCAAAGAAACAAGAAGGAAAGAGCAGUACGCCAAGUUGUAAAGUGUGCGGGAAGGGACACAAGGGUGAGUGUCGAUUUAAGGACAAGCCGUGUCCUAUUUGUGGGAAGACAGGGCACACGGCUGCGUUGUGCCCGGGGAAAAUGUCGGUGUGCUACAAAUGUUAUCAGCCGGGUCACAAGAAAUCUGAGUGCCCGGAGUUGGUCGGAAAGAAGGACGACAAGAGUACGCACACAGAGGCACCAAAAGCAAAAGCAAGAUCCUUCCAGUUAACAGCAGUGGAGGCGAAAACGGAGCCCGAUGUGGUCUCAGGUAUAUUUGCCAUAAACUCAGUUCCUGCACAUGUGUUAUUUGAUACGGGUGCGAAUAAAUCCUUUAUUUCGCAUGGACUUAUUCGACAUCCUUCCUUUGUACUAACAAAAUUACCUAUACCAUUAGAGGUAGAAAUAGGUGACAACAAAAACUUCCUUGUAUGUGAUAUAUGUCGAGAUUGCAAAAUAAGCAUAGACGAUGAGGAAUAUCCCAUAGACUUAAUUCCUAUGUCCAUGGGAGAAUUCCAAGUAGUGGUCGGGAUGGAUUGGUUAUCCCGACAUCAUGCAAAGGUCAUGUGUUUCCGCAAGGAGAUAAAAUUAACAUCUCCAAGUGGGAAAUCGGUCACCAUACAUGGCGAGAAAGAGGGUAAACCUGUUAUGUGCUAG